UAAGCAAAAGAAGGUGGUGAAAAUCAAGAUGGAAGAAGUCCAUGAAAAGAUGACCACAGAACCCUGUGCACCAGAAAGAACCUCUGAUGUUUGGUCUACCAACUUGCCUAAAUGGACGUUGGGUUUUCUGUGCUUGGUUAUGAUUUCCAGUUCAGCAGCCAUAUACACAAAACAUUAUUUUUAUUCAGUCCAUGUCAGACAAAACACUGAUGCCAUGAAGUUGAUUCGAAAUUUUAUUCUACAGCACAAUGAAUCUAUGGAAACACUGAAAGAUUCUGACAUCCUCAAUGAAGUUGAAAAGAUGAUAUGUCAAGUAGCCCAGAUAUAUCAAGAAAGGGCUGAAAUACAGACUCUUAUAGAAGACACCCUUGCAAUGAUAAAUCAUGGGUGGACGGUGAUCAACGGCAGCCUGUACUACGUCUUUUCUGACCUAGUGACGUUUUAUGAAGCCCAAAAGACCUGUGAAUCCAUAAACACAACGCUGGCUAUUGUCAUCCAUCCCCAGGUAGAGUUAUUUCUGGAGUCUCAGUCCAAAAAGUUAAAUCAAGGAAUCUGGGUUGGGUUGCAAUUUCUUGAGAAAAACUGGCAGUGGAUCGAUGGGAAGACGCCGUAUCAUCCACAUUUCUGGAUGGCCCAUAAGCCAGACCCCGCCUCCUUCACAAGGGACAAGUGUGUUGAAAUUAAAAAAGAUUGUCUUACACCUGGGAAUUGCUGGAGCAAUCUUAACUGCCAUGCAAAAAGGAUCCCAGCUUGUAAACUGGACCCCAGUCCAAAGGGAAUGGGAUAGGAUUGGUGUUUUCCAAUCGCUAGGCAAAUAUAC